AUGCGCGCCUUUGCCUCCACGGUGGCCCUCUGGGGCCUGACCCUCGUUGCUUCCGCUGCAAAGUGUAGUGCCGAGAGCUGUCCCGUUGCGAAUACGUCCAUCAUUGCGCAUGAUGGGACUCCGGUUGGAACGGAGGAAGUCCAUGAUGGAGUAAACUUGUACAUCACGGGCGAGAAGUCUGACACGGCGGUUCUGUACUUGACAGACGUCUUUGGAAUCCAGUUGGCCCAGAACAAGCUGCUUGCAGACAGCUUCGGCCGCGCCGGGUUCCUGACGGUGGCACCCGACAUGUUCAACGGCACACCAGCACCAGGAGAUAUCAACGUCCCCGGAUUCAACACCACCGCCUUUGUCAAUGCCCAUGGGCCCAACGUCACGGACCCCAUUGUCGCCACGGCCAUCAAGUACCUCCGUGAGACCGUGGGUGUCAAGAAAAUCGCCGUGACUGGCUACUGCUUCGGCGGCCGUUACGCCUUCCGCUUUGUCGCCCCAGGCAAAGGCGCCGACGUCGCCUUCGCCGCACACCCGAGUCUGCUAACGGACGACGAGAUUUUGGCCAUUGCCGGCCCGGCCAGCGUUGCGGCUGCUGAGACAGACAGCGCGAUGCCGCCGGAGAGACGCCACCAGAUUGAGGCUUUGCUGUUGAACACGACGCUGCCCUACUCGGUGGCGCUGUACAGUGGGACUUCGCAUGGGUUUGGGGUCAGGGCGAACGUGUCGGACCCGGAGCAGAAGUAUGGGAAGGAAUCAGCUUUCUUUGACGCGGUCAGGUGGUUUACUACGUGGGCUUGA